UUGUUUUAGGUAGAACAUCAACUUUUCAUGACCGUUGACAUUUUUUUUUUUUUUUCCCUCUUUAUUUUCUUUCCGGGAAAAAAUAAAUAAAAUUAUUCUCUAGUUUUCGAUCUCGAUCAUCUGUAUCCAAUCAAUUACUACGAUUUGCUAUAAUGUCGAUGUCUCGGCUCGGAUUGUUGUUGUUCGUCGCUAUAUUCCUCGUCCUGCUUCAAUCAUCCACUUCUCUGAUUAGUUCUCCAAGUUCUAUUAUCAACCCUUCUAAAGUCAAACAGGUUUCUGCGAAGCCCAGGGCAUUUGUGUAUGAAGGUUUUUUGACGGACUUGGAAUGUGAUCAUCUAAUCUCUCUUGCGAAAGAGAAUCUGCAGAGAUCUGCGGUUGCUGAUAACGAUAAUGGCGAGAGUCAAGUCAGUGACGUUCGUACUAGCUCCGGCACGUUUAUCUCCAAAGGAAAGGAUCCUAUUGUUUCCGGUAUAGAGGACAAGCUCUCAACAUGGACAUUCCUCCCAAAAGAAAACGGGGAAGACCUUCAGGUAUUGAGAUAUGAGCCCGGUCAGAAAUAUGAUGCUCACUUUGACUACUUCCACGACAAAGUCAACAUCGCCCGUGGUGGACACCGCAUAGCAACGGUUCUCUUGUAUCUAUCUAAUGUCACAAAGGGUGGAGAAACGGUUUUCCCCGAUGCACAGGAAUAUUCACGCCGCUCGCUUUCUGAGAACAAAGACGAUCUUUCUGAUUGUGCAAAGAAAGGAAUCGCUGUGAAACCGAAGAAAGGGAAUGCUCUGUUGUUCUUCAACCUCCAACAAGACGCAAUCCCAGAUCCUUUUAGCCUUCACGGAGGUUGUCCAGUGAUUGAAGGAGAGAAAUGGUCGGCUACAAAGUGGAUCCACGUGGACUCAUUCGAUAAGAUAUUGACACAUGAUGGUAACUGUACGGACGUAAACGAGAGCUGUGAGAGAUGGGCAGUGCUUGGAGAAUGCGGAAAGAACCCAGAGUAUAUGGUUGGAACUCCAGAGCUCCCUGGAAAUUGCAGACAUAGCUGUAAAGCUUGUUAAAGACUUAAAUUUCUCUUUUUCUCUGUAACAUUAAAAGUUUUAUUUUCUUGAUCGAACUUCAUUUCCUUUUUUUUUCUGAUGAAUUGUUGUUAAAUGUAUCACUGGAUUCUUGUGUUUAUCGAAUGGGUUUCUUCGACUUGUUAAA